CUGCCAAAAAUACAGUCUUCUCUCCCCCCAUUAAAAUUCCACUUGCCCCAAGUGUAAACCAUUAUUCAACGGAAAGGCUCUCCUCCCACCUCCCCCCUCUCUCUUCGCUCUCCGACCCGUUUCUUGAUCAUCUUGAUCUGCUCCGAGCCUCGAAAAUGACGACAUCAAAGCGCUUUGCCGAAAGGAAGGUUGCCAAAUUUCAGAAGAACAUCACAAGGAGGGGAUCGGUCCCCGAAACCUCAUCCAAGAAAGGAAAUGAUCUCCCAGUCGGGCGAAUUGUCCUCGGCUUCUUUGUCUUCGUGGUUGUUGGAUCAUCUCUGUUUCAGAUAAUCAGGACAGCUACAAGUAAGGGAAUGGCUUAAGGGCUAGCAUUAGUAGCAGAAAACUGGAGACAACAGGAUGUGAUUGAGUUUCAUGUAUUUUCUUAAUAUAUUAAGAGGAAAAGAUAAUGGUUUCUAGGCUGAAACCAUUUCAUGACAAUGUGUAAUGUCUAGCUAUAUAAAAUGGAUCUCGUGCCUUUGUUGUGAAAA